AUGGACUUUCUGGCCAAGCAGGCGAUGAAGCAGCAGGCCAAGACUUUGAGCAAGGGUCUUUUUGAUGAGGAGAAGGAGGAUCCUAAGGCCAAGGAAAAGAAGAGCAAGGCUGAGCAGGCCGAAGCUCGUCAUCGCGCAACACAGCAAAAGAGGCGAGAGGAGCAACAGCAGGUGCGGCGCGUGGCCCGCGAGGAGGAGCGAGACCGCAUUCGCGCAAAGUACAACAUUGACCGCAAUGUCGGUCGCUCGGCGCAUGCGGCCGCUGAUGAUGAGGAAAGCGAUGCCGAGCAAGAACAGGCCGCAGCCCAACCGCCCCCAGCACAUGGCAAAAAGGAUGGGUGUUGCAUUUGCUGA